UUUGAUUAAUUUCCGUAAUCGUAAUUCCAAGUAGCGGUUGAAAGUAUAAUUUUACAAUAAAACUAAAAGCUCUCUAAACAUUCUUCAAAAGUCGAGAUGUCCUAAGGUGACUUUGAUUUUGGCUAGAACGGAAGAAAGGAAAUUAGAUAAAAACACGGCGCGGCAUGUCGCUUAGCUUCCAGCACGGUAGACUAAUAAGUGACCUUGUGACGAGGAAAAUGACAUCUCUCGGUGGCGUCGUUGCUAAUGCGAUAAAAACUAAAUUGGAGACUGCGUUACAAACAAAGCAUUUAGAGGUGAUAAAUGAGUCAUAUAUGCAUAAUGUACCCAAGGGCGCCGAAACUCAUUUCAAGGUCGUCGUUGUUUCAGAUAAAUUCGAUGGGUUACCAUUGAUUAAGAGACACCGAUUAGUAAAUGACAUAUUACAAGAAGAACUGCGCUCUGGAGUACAUGCUUUAUCAAUAGUGGCCAAAACCCCGCAGCAGUGGGAUGUAAGUGAUAAAGUUAUAGAGAGUAGCCCAAACUGUAGAGGUGGAUUUGGAAAGUGAUCUAGAUAUAAAUAUAGUUAUAAUUAUGGACCUUACCUCUAAUGUAAACCUUAGAAAUUGUAAAUAAAGACUUGUGGUCAAAUCAAAACAGUAGUUAAAUAAAAUCCCUUAUAGUACAAGAAACAUAUCUUUUAAGUUAAAUUUAAAAAUUGAUUAGUCCAAGGGCUCUGGUAUUGCAUCAGUAAAAAGGACAAAUAUGAGUCUUAUAUCUGUUAUAAAAAACAAUAAAUUGUUUAUCAAUCCUAGAUUAUUGUUUAAGAAUAAGUUCAAUAUCUGGUAGUUAACUAAAACGAAAUAUCAAGGUUAAAUUCAGUUAUGGAUCUUCCAAAUUGGUAUUAUUAUUAAAAUAGUUAAGUCCAAAAUUAAGGAAUUAAUGAUUACUUCCAUUUAUGAUUUAUCUAAUUUGUAUCUUUGACUACCCAGUUAUGCCAUUGUUUAUGUUUAUAAAGGCAAACACACAUCAAAUAUUUAAAAUUGUUUUAAUUACUUCAUUAAGGACUUAAAAAUAAGACAAGAUGUGUUAUGUUAAUUAAUAGUUUUUUUUUUUCAAUUGAAUGUUUCAAUGAUUGACCAUUGCAACAUUGAUUGUGUUUUUAUCUAAGAUGAAUGUUUCUGUAAUUGACCCAAUUUAUAAUACAAUCAUGUUUAUUUUAACUAAAAUUUGUAAGCAAAUGACUGAAUACCAAAAUCUUUGGUUUGAGUGUUUUACACCUACUUCUGCCAUACAUUUUUUCAUAUCCGAAAAUAAAAAUAAACAAGACA